CCUCUUCCUCCUCCUCCGCACCUCCGGGCAGGUGGAGCCAGCGCAAGGGCGGGAACGCGGCAGCACUACUUUUCCAAGCGCCGCGCCAGCCGUAGCUACUAUUCGCCUUCGCAAGUUCACCGUUCGGGACUGUUGCUUCGGCACCUUUGUGAAAACAGACAAUCAUGAUUUCUACUUGGGUUGGUUCUAGAGGAACGAUUCAGGAUUUCCCAGGAUUCAAUGCUUCCAAAGAUGCCGAGGCACUUAAAAAAGCAAUGGAAGGACUGGGCACGGAUGAAACAACAGUGAUUGAGAUCCUGACAGGGAGAUCCAAUGCUCAACGGCAGCUGAUAGCUGCAGAGUAUAAAUCUUACACUGGGAAGGAGCUGAAAGAAGCUUUGAAGGGAGAUACCUCAGGUGAUUUUGGCCAUAUCCUGCUUAACCUGGUCACUCCGCCGGCAGAAUUUGACGCGGAACAAAUUAACCGAACCGUCAGAGGCAUGGGCACGAACGAGACGGCGUUGAUCGAGAUCGUGGCUUCCCGAACUGCCAAGCAAAUCAGAGAGACAACGCAGGCUUAUUAUACAAUGUAUAGGUCCAUCAUGAGUGAGGAUGUCGGUUGGGAUACGUCAGGGGACUUCAAAAGAACCCUCUUGGCCUUGCUGGAGGCCAAAAGAGAUGAUAGUCCAGAGGCCCAUGAAGAUGUAGCGAAGAGAGAUGCGCAGCUCCUGUACGGUGCUGGCGAGAAGCGAUUGGGAACGGAUGAGACCAAAUUCAUCGAGAUUCUGAGCUCCAGCAGCGUCGCUCAACUCAAACUCACAUUUGAGGAGUACAAAAAACUUAGUGGACACCGGAUGGAGGACACCGUGCUUAACGAAACAUCGGGCGAUUUUGCCGAACUGCUUUUGGCCGUAGUGAAGUGUGUGAAUAAUACACCUGCCUUCUUUGCUGAAAAACUGAACAAAUCCAUAAAGGGACCUGGAACUGAUGAAAUCACAUUGAGCAGAAUUCUAGUAUCCAGGUCAGAAAUUGACCUCCUGGAUAUUCGACAGGAAUACAAGAACCUCUAUGGAGAGUCUCUGCAUUCUGCUCUUAGUUCGGAUAGUUCUGGGGAUUAUCGGCGCACCGUGCUCAGGAUUUGUGGCGGGGACGACUGAGGAGGCCGACUCUGGAUGACAGCUCUAGUUUCCUGCUGCUUUCACCAGUCCAUAGAGCUUUUUAGAUAUAUUUAAGCCAAGGGUGCGACUUCCCACUCCUCCUUUCCAUUAUUAUUAUUUUUUUAAUUAGGUAUCACAAUAGACAGAUGUUUACCACACACACACAGUAUCUUCAGGCACUGGGUGACACUGAUUUCAUCACACACUGUGGAUUUCUGGCCUCUGGUGGCUCAGACUGGUAAGACAGUCUGUUAUUAACAGCAGCUGCUUGCAAUUACUGCAGGUUCAAGUCCCACCAGGCCCAAGGUUGACUCAGCCUUCCAUCCUUUAUAAGGUAGGUAAAAUGAGGACCCAGAUUGUUGGGGGCAAUAAGUUGACUUUGUAUAUAAAUAUACAAAUGGAUGAAACUAUUGCUUGACAUAGUGUAAGCCGCCCUGAGUCUUCGGAGAAGGGCGGGAUAUAAAUGCAAAUAAAAAUAAAAAAAUUUGGGGUGAAAUCUAUACUCACAGGCCAAUAAUCCGCCAGUCGUUCACCGACCCUGCAAAAUUGGAAUCAGUUAAGAUACAACACAGUAUUUUGUACACGUCCAGCGACUGUCUAGGAACAAUCGUGUCUUUGAACUGGGCUUUUCUUGUGCUAUUCUUGAACUGCUCUCGCAUUGUUUUUGCUGUCCAGCUUUACAAAAGGGGUUCCUGUAUCUUGCAUGCAGCGCACAGCUACCUCAAAUGAUUUAUUUGUAUUCCAGAUCCGAGGUGCCUUAGGAAAGGAGAUGCAAAGCACACGGUUGUUUAAGAAAUAAUUUGGGAAAGUGCUAUGGACCACACAGGAACAUGAAUCUGGAACCUGCCAACAACUCUUUAAAGCAGCUGCAUUGAUGUAGCUGCUUUAAAGUUGCAGUCAAGUUCUAGGUUUGUCUUCUUGCAAUAUCUGGAAACACCUUUUUUGGAAUCAAAUCUCAAAAGAGACUGGCUAAAAUAGCGUCGGUGGCCCAUUUCUCUUACUCUUAGAACUGGGGUCUCUAACCUUGUGGACUUCAACUCCCAAAAUUCCUCAGCCAGCAAGUCUAACUGAGGAAUUCUGGGAGUUGAAGUCCACAAGUCUUAAAAGUUGCUAUGGUUGGAGCCCCAGCCUUAGAGGACCCAAAAUUAAACUGUAAAAAUUUGCCUUUUAAAACAAAUAAGAAUGGCCAAAACUUUUCCAAAGAGGGUAGAAUAGGCACGAUAUCAGUGCUAAUAUUGCCAAAUUUCAGCCAUUUUUGCCAUGUUAUUUUAUUGAAACCAUAACGUAAGAAGUUGGGAUGAUAGCCAACGCUUGAAAAAGACACUAACCCAUGAUACACCUGAUAUGAACACAAAGCACACGUUCGUGGUGAAGAUAAGCCAUUGAUGCCCUCGUUUUAGCUGUAUGGAGGAGGUCCUAGUUUUGGUCUAUGGCAAGAUCAAAGCAUCCUGCAAGCCAGAUCCAGCCUCCGUGCCACGAGUUUGACACCCCUGGUCUAUGGCAUCUCUGGGUUAAAUUAAUGCGGUGUUGAAAGUUGCUUGGGUGAAUUUUUUCUUCCCUUUUAGAAAGUGGUGUCUGUGAAUUGCUGUCUUAUUCUCAGAAUGUUUGAGGAUUUCUCUUGGUUGCUUUGCACUGACUCGGUUGUGGGAAGCGGCAAAGGAUGGGCUGCUUUCGCUGACUCAUCUUUCCCUCACUCCUGACACCUCCCUUGGCGGGCUGCCCUUUCUACCGGGACAGGCCAGCCGGUGGGGUUUUUCUCAUGACAUCCUUUCCUGGGAUUGAACAAGAGAGUGAAGAGCCAAGCCUGGCUGCAGUCUCCAGGAAAGAUAAGGCUGCAAUAGAGACAGUCCACGCCUUCCUUUGAUCAUCAAAACGAGCACAAUCUGCUGACCACGGGAAAGGCCUCUCAAAUUCUUCUUUGAAAUAAAAUGUGAAAGCAAAUCUUGUUUGCCUGGAAUGGAAUAAAAACUAGUAGAAGCAAAUGCAGGAGAAUGUGUUUUUCGGUCCUCGGCUUAUAACCACAGUUGACCCAAAAUUUCUGUUGCUGAGCGAGACAAUUCAUUGGGUGGAAGCUAAUCAAGGAGAGAAGCAACCUAGAACUAAGGAGAAAUUUCUUGAUAGGACGAUUAACCAGUGGAGUGAAUGGCCUCCAGAAAUUGCAGGUGCUCCAACACUGGAAGUUUUUAAGAAGAGAUUGGGCAGCCAUUUUGUCCAGAAUGGUCUCCUGCUUCUGCAGGGGGUUGGACUAGAAGACCUCCGAGGUCCCUUCCAACUCUGUUGUUCUUUUUCUUAAGUGAGUUUUGUCCCAUUUUGUGAACUUCUUGCCACAGCUAUUAAGCGAAUUGCUGUAAUUCUUAUAAAUUAAUAACGCAGUUGUUGCGUGAGUCUGACUUUCCCAUUGAUGUGGCUUGUCAGAAAGUCUCAAAAGACGAUCGCAUGACCCCGGGACCCUGCAACUGUCAUAAAUAUGAACCAGUUGCUAAGCACCAGAAUUUUGAUCUCCUGACCAUGGGGAGGCUGCAAAGGUCGUGUGAAAAACCAUCAUAAGUCACUUUUUUUUAGUGCCUUUGUAACUUUGAACGGUCACUAAAUGAAUGGUUUAGGAUUACCUGUACAGAGACCCUUACUUGUAAAAUGUGGGCAGGCAUGGUCAAGUCAAAGGAAGAUGAAGAAAUGAGGGGGCUGCCUUCUUUGCACGAUUCUGCACAGAUAUGUGCAUCCCUCUGCAGAGGAGCAAGGUCUGUUGCUCAUCCCUUCCAAUCUUAAUGAUGACCAGCAGAAGAUCCAUGGUCAUAAAUGGAACCACUUCUAAGGCAGGAGAACACCGCUAAUUCCGGUGCCAAUGCUUCACAUCUAUGGCAUAUAUGGGAAGUACAGGUAGUCCUUGACUUACAACCUUAAUUCAAUCAGAAUAGAGCUGGAAGGGACCUUGGAGGUUAUCUAGUCCAACCUCCUGGUCUUCUAAAUCAACACCAUCACCAUCCUCUUCAUCUUCCUAAUGUUAUUCCCACGGCUGUAGGUUCCGCUUUUCAGACUGACAAGACACCAUCUUGCACAACCAAAUGUAGCCCAACACACUGAGUUUGCACCAACGCGCCAUCCCAGAAAUCAAUCAAUUUCAAUCAGAAUAAAGCUGGAAGGGACCUUCAAGGUCUUCUAGUCCAACCUCCAGCUCAAGCAGGAGACCCUAUACCAUUUCAGACAAGUGACGGUUUAGUCUUCUCUUAAAAACCUCCAGUGAUGGGGUGCCCACGAUUUCUGGUGACAAGCCGUUCCACUGGUUAAUAAUUCUCACUGUUAGGAAGUUUCUCUUCAAUUCCAGGUUUAUUUAUUUAUUUUAUUUAUUUAUUAAUUCGAUUUGUAUACCGCCCUUCUUCCGAAGGACUCAGGGCAGUUCACAGCCAAUAAAAUACAUAUAAAAUACAUAUAAUAUAAGUUAAGAACAAUAUAAAAAACUGAUUCAAUUUAUGGCCUAAAAAAUAAAAUAAGAAUAAAACCCCAUUUAAAAACUGCAUUUAAGCUAGCCCUGCGCGAUGGAACAAAAGCGUCUUCAGCUCGGGGCGAAAGGUCCGGAGGUCGGGGAGUUGACGAAGCCCCGGAGGCAGCUCAUUCCAGAGGGCAGGAGCCCCCACAGAGAAGGCCCUCCCUCUGGGGGUCGCCAGCUGACAUUGUUUGACCGACGGCACCCGGAGGAGGCCCUCCCUGUGGGAGCGCACAGGUUGAUGGGAGGCUACUGGUGGCAGUAGGCGGUCCCGUAAGUAACCCGGUCCUAUGCCAUGGAGCGCUUCAAAGGUUGCUUCUCUCCUUGAUUAGUUUCCAUCCAUUGUUUCUUGUCCUGCCCUCUAGUGCUUUGGAAAAUAA